GCGAAUUAGAUUUUUUUUACGGAAAAUUGUUGGUCAUUUGGCCUGUCAUUCUAAAAUCGGAUCCAACCAUUGGCUGGCAGGACUUCCUGUAAUUUUGGCGGUGGAGUAAAAAUGGCGGAACAUUUAAAAGGGUGCCAAGUUGCAUGUAAAUUGUCAACGAGCCAGUUGCAGAAACUCUGUCAUCAUGAAAGGGUUGUGUGCUUGGAUCUGGGGGUCAACAGGAGACAAAUGCACAGCUUCGAAGUGGAAUACCUGUGUGACUAUCGAAGAAUGUUUGUUCCUAAACAGAGGAGAUUCAAUUCCACCAAAGCAUUAAAGGAGACCGAGUUCUACCUGGUUAAAUGGAAGGGUUACCCAGAUCACAUGAACACCUGGGAGCCGAGGAAAAACCUGCGCUGUGUGGAGCUCCUACGUCAUUUCUGGGACGAUGUGUACCUGGAGCUGCAGAGACAGAAAAAGUAUUUUGUCCCUGACCGGUUUGAACCGGGGCUGUCCUCUUACCUGGAGCAGAGAGCCAGGCAGAGGCAGAGCCUGCAGCAGUGGGAGGCCCAGAUCAACAGUGUGGGGGGUGUAACCAAACGCAUCCUGGUCCGCAACCGUGUAGAUCUAGAGGGCCCUCCAAAGAACUUCACCUACAUCAAUGACUAUAAGGUGGGUGAGGGGAUUUCAGUGAUGAAUGUGGCAGUGGGUUGUAACUGCACCAACUGUUUGGAGAUCCCGUCGGGGGGUUGCUGCCCAGGAGCGUCGGGUCAUGGCUUUGCCUACAGUCAAGGUGGGCAGGUGAAGGUCAAGCCAGGGAAGCCCAUCUAUGAAUGCAACAACAAGUGUGGCUGUGGGCCAGACUGCCCGAACAGAGUAGUACAGAGAGGGAUCCAGCAUACCCUCUGCAUCUUCAGGACAGAAAAUGGGCGGGGCUGGGGUGUACGCACCUCUGAAAGGAUCAAAAAGCACUCCUUCAUCAUGGAGUAUCUGGGAGAGAUCAUCACUACCGAGGAGGCAGAGAGGCGUGGUCAGGUCUAUGACAGACAGGGAGCUACCUACCUGUUUGACCUAGACUAUGUGGAGGAUGAGUACACGGUUGAUGCUGCUCACUAUGGAAACGUUUCCCAUUUUGUCAACCACAGUUGCAAACCCAACUUGCAGGUGUACAAUGUGUUCAUAGACAACCUGGAUGAGAGGUUACCACGUCUUGCCUUCUUUUCUAACCGUGGUAUCAAUGCUGGGGAGGAGCUCACCUUCGACUACAAUAUGCAGAUCGAUCCAAUCGAUAUGGAGAGCACAAAGAUGGACAACAAUUUCAACAUGACUGGAUCACCAAAAAAGGCUGCCAUGACUGGAUCACCCAAAAAGCAUAUGCGUAUGGAGUGCAAGUGUGGGACAGACAAUUGUAGGGGAUACUUAUUUUAGAGGUGUGAAAAGUACUAUGAACUUGACUUUUAAAAUGGACACUAUGGUGUCUGAAUAUUUUGCCCUGUUUCAUCAAACACUGUUCAUCAGUGUUGGGGCAUUAUGUAUAUUUUGUUUUUAACAUGUUUGCAGUUUUUUAAAGAUAGUUGUGGUUUUAAUAUAAAACACUCAAAUCCAAAUGUGAGCCAUAUUUUAAUGACAAACACUAUGCUCUCUGAUGUCUCAUUGAAUGUUAAUAGCUGUGUAUACAUGCAGAACUACUCUUGCUUUCAUGUGACCAUGUACUGUACAAUUUGUCUCUGUUACUCUGUGUGAAAGAUGCUUGCGAUACUGUAUGAAAAUCCCAACAGUCUUCUAUGGCUUCUUUGGAGCAGAAGUGUAUGAUAAAGUUUGGAGAGGACUUUGCCCUGACGGGAUUGCUGUAGGCUGGUUAAAGGCCUCAAGUACUACGGCUGUAGGCUCACUCAUUCAUUGGUGGAUGGAGCUAGUAUCCCUUCAUGGGAGUUGCAGUGGUUUAAAAGUGCCCAUCAGUACAACCCCACUCUUGGUGAGCCGUCUUUGCACAAAUAACUUUUUCUGUGUGAGAGAGUGCAUACUUCCGGAAUGGAAAUGCAGCCAUUGUUUCGAUCAUGCUAUUUCAUCCAUCUCUAAAGGAUGUCAUUCAGUUGUGAAAACUACACUAUAUAUUGACAAUUACUAGGUCAUCUUCGUUGCAGAAUUUUCUUGUUGAUAAAUCAUGCCUUUUCUUACAAAUGUACAACUGCCAAAAUAAAAAUAUUUUAUUAUA